AUGGACGAUAGCAAGCUCCCACGGGAACCGCAGGAUUUCUACAUCCUGGUGACCGGGGCAAAUAGCGGUCUCGGCUUCUCGAUAUGCUGUCGUCUCGCCGAUGAAUUUCUCUCAUCCCACCAUUAUGAUGAUACCUUGACAAUCAUCUUCACUACACGAAGCGCUCGCAAAGCCGAGGACACGCGUCACCGCCUCGAAACCCAUCUCCGAUCCUCUACGGCGUCGGCUUCGUCCGACGCGGCCCGAAUCAAGUUUGUCUCCGAAAGCGUGGACCUGGGCGAUCUACCUUCAACACGCGCUCUUUCCCGGCGGCUCUGCCAGACAUUUCCCAAACUCGAUGCGGUGAUUCUCAAUGCUGGAAUUGGCGGCUGGUCGGGGAUCAGCUGGCUCAAGGCGAUUUGGGGCAUCUGUACCGAUCUUAUUCAUCAGGUGACAUGGCCAUCUUAUAAAUUGGCGCCCGUGGGAGUUUUGACGCCGCGACAGACGGAAAAGGAGGAAGAGCCUGCUCUGGGCGCCGUCUUCUGUGCCAAUGUCUUUGGUCAUUACAUGCUGGCCCAUAAUGUGGCACCGCUCUUGAAGAAAGCCAAAUCCCCCAACGGACCCGGCCGCGUCAUUUGGGUGUCUAGUAUCGAGGCAACGAUCAAAGCCUUCAAUAUGGACGACAUUCAAGGCCUGCAAAGCAAGGUACCUUAUGAGUCCUCCAAGGCGCUGACUGACAUCCUGGCCCUCACCGCGGAUCUUCCCAGUGCUGCCCCGUGGUCCGUGGAGAGCUUCUUCAAGACCCCCGACGAAGAAGACAAAUCGGAUCAUCCCGCCGCGGACUCCACGCCGGCGAUGUAUGUCUGCCAUCCUGGAAUCUGCGCAACAUCUAUCAUUCCCCUUCCUCUUCCCCUAAUCUGGGCCAUGGUGGCUGCCUUCUGGCUGGCGCGUAUGCUCGGAUCUCCCUGGCACACAUUGUCCACGUACCUGGCGGCCUGGUCACCGGUGUUCCUCGCCCUGUCUUCACAGGGCGCCCUCAAGGCGGCUGAAUCUCCGUAUCGGCAUGCGGGCGGAGGUCGGGUCAAAUGGGGCUCGUCCACCAACCGUCUCGGCAUCGAGGGAGUGAGCAGUACCGAGAUCGACGGCUGGGGACAUGGUGGUGUUGUGGGUCGCCCCGUGGUCGAGAGUGAUCGUCUUCGUCGGAGAAAGCGAGGGGCGGCCGACCUCACCCCGGAAGAAAAAGAAAGGUUUGAGGAGUUGGGUCGCUCGUGUUGGAGACAGAUGGAGGCGCUGCGGAUUGAAUGGGAGGCAAUCCUGGAUCGAGCCGAGCAAAAGAACUCUUCCGUGUAA